ACAGCGACGGCCGACGCAUCUUUAAAUACGUCCGAUUUGUGUCCUCUGGCUUUGCGCCCCUUCCCCCUCCCUCUGCCACCGAGCGCCACUCCCCCUCGGCACUUCAGCGCGAACACCGCCAUUUUCCCCUCCGCGACGCGUGCAGCGACGAUUAGGCAAGCUCCGAAUUGAGACGACCGACGCGUCGAACGCACGCGUUUCUGGCGACCGGCGGCAUCCAGCGCGUGUCUCGUUGAAGAGGGACCCCCGACAGUGCCAGCAACUGUUGAACUUGUACCACCACUCGUCCUGUAGCCUUAGCACAGAACCACCAUGUCCCGCCUUGAUACACCGACCACCACGCCCUCGCGGUACUCCAGCCUCUCGCGCACAACACGCACAUCGAGCCCUUCAAUAUCUCACAGCAGCUAUGCGCCAACACUGACGCCAGGCGGCAUGCAGUUCCACAAGCUGAAAGUAGCCACCAGCCUCGCGUUGGAGGGCAAAGCUAAGAAGGGCCUGGAUGGCGCGAACGUAAAGAUGUACCUCAAGAUAUCGUUUCCCCGGGACUCUGUUACCCCGGGCAUGACAAUACCGAUCUGCCCAGAGGAAAACAUCCGGAUUUUGAGCUCCCAAGUACAUCCCCUCAACGCACAAUUUUCCCCUUACAAGUAUUUACCCGCUGCGUCCCCAAUGCUGCACAAGGCUGCACGCGCGCUCAGGCUCCAACCUCCAUUGGACAUCACCUACCAGGACGCGCACAAGCUCGAGUCCACCCAUAGCCCAUCCAUUGCGUCCUCCAGUCGGUCACGUAUACGCGAAACGGCUAGCGAUAUAUUACCCGUCGAUGAGCGCUACACAGGCAGCAUCAUCGUUACCGCCUACCAUAUAUCCUACGUGGUGCCGAAGAGCUUUCCCUCGCGGCCUCCGGUAGAGCAUUCAAACGAGGACUUGCGCUCGGGCACCUCUUCCAAGGUCAGGCGCGCCUCAAUAGGAGAGAAAACCACUAUCAACUUUAUGGCGGCCAUCGACAUGUUUGUGCCAUAUCUCGGACGUCCGCCAAGGUCUCCAUACCUGCUCUCGAUUCCCAUCCCACGUUGCCUGCAAAACCAAAUCAAGCUCCGGAUAUUCCCUCCAAACAGCACCUCUUCUUCUCUCGCGUCCCUGUCCUCCGGCGACGAGGAGGGCAAUCCCCCAGUCAACCCUGACACGUCGCGUAGCUCUCGCCACGCCGCAUAUGAUGACCUUGCCGAUGAUGAGUCUAGCGAUUCUUCCCGAGGAGGCUUCGCAGAUGGCUCAGACAGAAUCCGAGUGCGGUGGGCGAAGCCCUUCAGAAUGCUUGGUCCCGAUUCCGAGGCAGCAAGGCGGAAGGUUGCAGUCAAGACUGUUAAGGCGGAGAUGGCCUGCAUCAAGCCAGACGUGGAGGGCAUCGUCAUGGACGUCGAAUAUCGUGCGACGUGCAGUGGCUUGUGGCACGCAGGGGUGGCGACUCUGCUUGGCUUGGAUGUGGCGCUGUACAAAGGGUCCAAUGUUGAUUGGGCCCCGGGAUAUCCGCCGGGUUGGGAGGUGACGGGUAGCGCGGGGUACGUUGGCUGCGGCGAGGACAAAGAGAAACCCAAGGGCUCUCAACAAGGCUCCGCGGACGAUGCCAGCCCAUCUAGCCUUGUCUCGCUAUCCUCCACUGCGCACCUCGCCUUCCCAACAACACCUUCGAGGCAAAGCUCCACAUCGUCGACGUCUUCAUUGUUAAGGCAGACGCUUCCCGCAGUUCCCAAUGUCGGCGAUUACUCCUUCGAGAACUCCUCUCUAUUGUCCUCGGAAACCUCCCUACCCCAAGGCAGCUCCGUCUCCUCCAUGUCAUCCCUAGCAACAACCGCCACCGGCGACUCCGACUCCGUUCGCCCACCCAACGCUACCGUCACCCUCAAGAUCAACAUCAACGAGUUCGUCCCGCCCUCCAAGAGGACCGACUUCACCUUCAAGAUCGCCGGCACUAUUGUCGUGUACCCGCGCUCUAUCAGGCGUCCCGGCCGCUCGUUCAAUUCGGCGAACUCGAGCGAGGAGGACAGCGAUCACUCGGAAACGCGGCCGACGAUGUUGCCGCGGUUCGAGGUGCAUGCUGCGCAGGACGAGGAUGUGCAUAUUCUCGUGCAGCACGAUGCGGAAGCUGCGUCGCAGGUGAUCGUGGUCAGCCCGGGCGAUGACUAUGAGGAUCCGAGCGCGCCGAAGAACGUGCUCAAACGAGGCGCAUCGAGUCGUUGCAAGGAUGGAAGCGCGGUCGUGCUGCAUUAUCCGCCGCCGCUGCCGCCUCCUUCGCCUGACCCGCCGCGUGCGGACGUGUCGGAUACUUCUGGCGCGCUCACCCCUCCUCGUGCUCGCACGCCUGCGACAACAGGCUCGCCUGGUCCCGUCCGCAGACUGUCCGGCGGGCCCCUCAGGCUGUCGCGCCUCAAGCGCGACGGGAAGCUCAUGAUCCCGCAUGUCACCGUCAAGGUCACGCCUCUAGCGUCCGCCGGGUCCGCGCUGCCAGAUUCGUACGCCGUGCGCGCGACGUUCCCCGUUCCUUCCGACUCUGGAAGUGAUUGGGUGGAGUUCUGGUUGACGCAGCCAAACAAUGGCCGGUUGUUGGGAGAUGGGAUUGCCGAAGAAGUGCUGCGUACGCCCCCGCGCGUGGCAGUGGUCUCGGCCAGCGUCGACGGCGUACCGGUCCGGUACGAGAUGUAUGCUGGUGCAGCGCCACAACGAGGCGGUAGCUGGGGAAACGAGAAGGGCAAGCAGGCGGAAGACGGCCAACUGACGUUCAUGGAGAUGAGCGGGAAACAGUGGGCGAGUUGGGUGAAGGUCCACGCAGGGAAUGGUGGAGGGACGGUCGUUGUGGAUUAUUAUAUGCCGCCGCCAAGGGAGGAGGGCAAGGCGAAGCAACGGACGGUGGACUCGCUCUUGCACGUGUUGAUUCCGGCUUUCCAGCUGCAAGUAGGGAGGUUGGAGGUCAGGAUCGACAGUCUCCGAGGUACGCAUGUCAAGGUAGAGUAUGUCACCAUCGCGGAGCUACAUUCCAACCUCGAGUUCCAGUUGCAAACGCGCGAGGGUCCUCGGUUCCUGCACCACUGUUCCGAAGACUUCUUCUACCCCCAGCUUUCCAUCAUCUUCAUGUCGUCCAAGCCCGUUGUCACCAACACGCUCAUGAAGUGGACGCUGGCGGGCGUGAUCUUCCUCCUGCUCAUGUGCUUCGGCUUCAUCUACCGCUUGUCGGGCGAGACGCAACAGCUGCAGCAAUCCAUACGCGGGCUAUCCUUCGUCGUCGGCUCGGAUUGGACGCAUGCGAUCGACGUCGAGCCGAUCACCGUCACAGAGACCGUCUACAACAACAAGUGGUGGUACGCGGAGACGUCGACUGAGACCUCGUCAUCUGCCACUGUCGAGCCUGUCGUCCCAUCCGCGAGCACGUCAACAGAACCACCGGCCUCCUCAUCGACGGCAAUCCUCCACCAUGGCGAACCAGCGUCUCCUGAAUCCUCGGCGCCUGCGCGACCAAUCACGCCACCCCGAAAGCCGCCAUCGAGAGCAUCCGCCCCUACCGGCACCUCUGUCGUGCCACAACACAUGUCCUUCGCCGCGCUUUUCCCCACGCUGAACUUCACCCCACCCGAAGACACCUGGGACGUUGUUCGCAAGAUCGGUGACGGCGUGUGGCAGAUCAUGCGCCGCAUAUAUCACUAUCCAUUGGAUCCUCCUUGAUUACUCCUACUGUGCUCUGUUUUCCUUCCCUUCCCAUCUCUUCUUCUCUCAUGACGGUUUACCUAUGCUCGUAUGCUAUAUCUACAUGCUACAUCGCGGAUUGUUAUGUACGGGUUUUGUAGUAUGAAUUGAUUGACGAUCACUAAGUACUUAUACGGUUUGUUUACGAUUGUUCCUGUCACGGUAAUGUCCAUAGUCUAUCCUCUAUGUGGUGUAGUAAUGCAUGUAUGAUGGCUGUUUGCGUACUAUUGGCAGAAACACUUCUC